AUGUCACUUAGUCUAUUCAAGGUAAAACAAACGUAUUUUGACAAACUAUUCAAAUCGGGCACAACCUCGACAGCUUCCGCAGCCUCCUUCUCCAAUAACAAUGCUGCCAACAAAAAGAUCCCCAAGGUGCUACUUCUUGACAAUAUUACCACAUCAAUCACAUCGCUAUCAUACACCCAAUCACAGCUUUUAUCCAAUGAUAUCAUCUUGAUCGAAUUGAUUGAGAAUUAUAAGCAGUUGUCGACAAUGAAACACUUGGAAUGCAUUGUUUACAUCAACCCAAAUCCAGCAUCGAUCAAAAGCUUACUUGAAGAGAUGAAGUCGCCUCAUUUCCGCAAAUACCACAUAUAUUUCAAUAAUGUUGCCGGAAAGAAUGAUAUUGAACAAUUGGCAGUGGCUGACGAGUACGAAGCUAUAGAUAGGGUACUUGAAAUUUUCCAAGAUUAUUACAUCUUGAAUGACGAGCUAUACUUGAACAAUACACUAUCGUCCAAAGCCAGCGUCAACCCAGUGUUGGAACAGGCCAAGAGCUUGUCUAGUUUACUUUUGGCUUUGAAAAAGAGUCCCAUUAUCAAGUUUGAGUCGAAUUCGAUUGAGUUGAAAAAACUUAGUUCGGAGUUGUUAUACAUUAUAAAUUCGAAUUCCAACAACAACUUGUUUGAUGACUUGAAUCUGCGGUCAGAUACACCACCAGUGUUGUUGUUGCUUGAUCGGAAGAAUGACCCAAUCACCCCGAUUUUGACUCCAUGGACUUAUCAAUCAAUGAUCCAUGAGUUUUUAACAAUUGAUAAGAAUGUGGUUAGUUUACCUGACAAUCAGGUAGUUCUUUCCCAGCAGGAUGAUUCUUUCUAUAACGAGUCGAUGUUUUUAAACUAUGGGGAUUUGACAAACAAGUUUCAGAAAUAUGUUGAACAUUACAAGACUGAAACUAAGCAAUCAUCAAUUGAUAAUUUAAAACUGCUGAAUUUGGCCGAGUUGAAAAAGACAUUGACCAAGUUUCCCGAGUACAAGAAGAUCUCCGUUAAUAUAUUGACUCACUUGAACUUGAUCAGUGGUAUUGAUGAGCAAAUCUCUAAGCAACAGUUGUGGGAUAUUGGUGAACUACAACAAACGAUUAUUUGCGAUUUAGACAGCCAACUGGAUAUCAGAAACAAAAUGAUUCAAGUUUUGGAGAAUAGGGCCAUAUCUACUGUGAACAAGAUCAAAUUGGUGUUGCUUUACAGCUACAAGUUCCAUAAUCCAGCUGACUUGUCAUUAUUUAUCAACAAAUUGGAAAAUGAAACGGUGACAUCACCAUUGCCCACUCAGCUGCAAUUGGAUUUGAUAAAAAAAUUCACCACGUUGUUCAAAUCGCAUGAUCUGGCACUCGGUGGUUCAUCUCCAGACGCAAAUGGCCAACUCCAAAACAACCGUCAAGGCUUGUCGAAUUUAUUCACCAAUAAGAAAGUCAACAUCAACAACUUGUUUAACCGAAACAGUUCCAAUCACUCAGGUAGCGAGAAUGUGUACCUCCUGUACACGCCAAGAUUGAACCAAAUUUUGACUAGUUUGAUCAAACAUGAUUCUGCCGCAGCAGCUCAACUGACGUCAUCCGCGCACUUGUCUACUUUGUAUCCAGAAGUGGUGAAGAAACAGUAUGGUGACACAUCUUUGGAUGCAGUCCAAGACUUGAUCAUUUAUUUCCAAGGUGGUGUAACAUAUGAAGAAUUGCGGUUGGUGCAUGAGUUUAAUCAAGCUGGAAAUAGAAAGUACAAUAUAAUCAUUGGUGGUGACACAAUGUUGAACAGUGAUCAAUGGUUGACGAAAAUGUACCAAAUGGUGUCUAAAACAAGCAAGAGCGAUCAAUCUGAAAUCGAAGAUUUUGCUACUUCAAGUCAAGACCGACAAGCACAACUACGUGAAAUUUUAUAA